UACAACAGAUACGCAUCUUCCGCAUUUUCUGCGUUCAUCUCGCCGCCCCAUUCCAAUUCCAAUUUCAUUUCAAUUCAAUUUCAUUGCAGGUUGCUCUAUUUUGUAAUUUGAUUUCACGAUUCAAUGGCGGAUCCGCGGAUUCAUCCAGCCGAUACCUCCGAUUUGCCUACGCAGGAGUCCUCAUCCAUCGGAAAAUCACCGAAGGACUUUCAGCAGCCAUUAAAGGCGCCGGAUCUGCCGCCGUCGAAACCAGUUCCUCCGCCGGCGACUUACGUUGUCCAGCUACCGCGAGAGCAGAUACUACGCUAUCCUCCGCCGGAAAACGCGAGGAAAUACCAAGCACUAACGCGAGGAAAGCGGCAGAGUUGCUGCCGCCGGUGCUGUUGCUGCGUCCUCUGCCUACUCCUACUCCUCGUCAUCUCCGCCGCCGUCUCCGCCGGAGUGCUCUACCUCGUGUUCCGAUUCAAAUCGCCGAAGUAUGCAGUGACGAGCCUCGCCUUCAAAAGUAUGAAUCUGACGUCGGCGGCGCCGCUCUCACCGGAAAUUGACGUCACCGUCCGGGCGGAGAACCCUAACGGCAAAGUCGGGAUCUACUACUUGAAAGGCAGCUCCGUCAACGUUUUCUAUGACGGCGUUAGGCUGGGGGACGGCGUUUUACCAGUCUUCUUCCAGCCGCGGAAGAACGUGACGGUGCUGCAAACGGCGUUGAAAGGAUCCGACGUCGUUUUGGGGGGGAACAUUCGGACGGCGUUAAGGAACGCGCAGAAUCGAGGGAGGGUUCCGUUAGUGGUGAGAACAAAGGCGCCCGUUAAAAUUAAGGUUGGCGCCGUUAAGACGUGGGAAAUCACCGUUAAGGUUAAAUGCGACGUCGUUAUGGACGGGUUGACGGAACGGGCGAAGAUAUUGUCACAUGACUGUGAUUUUACUGUGAGAUUUUGGUAGUAGAAAUCUGUGUUUAUAAUUACAAAAUAUUUUAUUUGCUCAUCGUGUGGAUUUUACUUACAGGGCAUAUCUUUUCAUUAUCUAUGAUGCAAUAUAAUAAAAAUAUAUUUAUAUACAAUUUAUUGGAACAA